UAUAGCCCGUUAUUGGAACAUGUUUGACUUACUGACGCACGGCGACGGCUCCCCCUCCUUCUCCUCCACCUCCUCCUCCUCCUACUCCAAAACAGAGGAAAGCAUGGAGCAUCAACAGUGACUAAAUAGGCACAACUGUGGAAAGCACUGGGAGGCGAGCCACAGAGACGCAUGUUUAACAUGAGAAAAGACAGAAGUAAACAAACGCUUCCCCCGUCUGUGUGCCACCCGGGAAGCCUUGCGCACCAAGGAGUGCUGCCCACCUUGGGAAGGGGACGGCUCGGCCUGCGGAGCCAGCUCGGGCCGGGGUUUUUGUCAGGAUGUGGAAGUGACGGACCAGCCCGACGGGCCGCAGUACCCCUUCUCUGGGUUGGAUGACAGAGAGAAGUGGCCUCUGGUAUUUUAUAACCGGACUUGCCAGUGUGCAGGGAAUUUCAUGGGUUUCAACUGCGCAGACUGCAAGUUUGGCUACUUUGGGGUGAACUGCAACGACAGGAUAGAGUCUCUCAGGAGAAACAUCUUCCACCUGUCCAGAGCCGAGAGGAUCAGACUUGUAUCUUACCUGAACUUGGCCAAGCAGACUGUCAGCAGGGACUAUGUUGUGGCCACCGGGACCUACAGGGAGAUGGAGAACGGCUCUAUCCCGAUGUUCGCUGAUGUGUCUGUGUAUGAUGUGUUUGUGUGGAUGCAUUACUACGUGUCCCGGAACGCCUUGCUGGGGGGGCCGGGGAAUGUGUGGACUAAUGUGGACUUUGCCCACUGGGCGCCUGCGUUUCUCCCGUGGCACCGAGUCUACCUGCUGCACUGGGAGCAUGAGAUCAGGAAGCUGACCGGAGACAUGAGCUUCACCAUCCCGUACUGGGACUGGAGGGAUGCCCAGGGAUGUGACGUGUGCACGGACGAGCUGAUGGGGGACCGGAACCCUCAGGAUCCCAGUCUUCUCAGCCCAGGCUCGGUCUUCUCUUCUUGGAGGGUCCUGUGCUCCCGACCACAGGACUACAAUGACAGAGGUGUGUUAUGUGAUGCCAGGGGAGAAGGUCCGUUGCGUCGUAACCCUGGAAACCACAACCGUAACGUGGUUGACCGAUUACCGACUUCAGCGGAGGUGGAGUUCACGCUCAGUCUGACCAGCUAUGACACCGGAGCCAUGGACCGCAGCGCCAACAUGAGCUUCAGGAACACUCUGGAAGGAUUCGGGGAUCCUCGGACUGGGUUAGGAAACAGUUCUCGUAUGGGCAUGCAUGCUGCUCUCCACGUAUUCAUGAACGGAUCCAUGUCCUCAGUGCAGGGUUCAGCAAAUGACCCCAUAUUCCUUCUCCACCACGCUUUUGUUGACAGCAUUUAUGAGCAGUGGCUCAGGAGGCAUAGACCAUCUCCAUCCCAGUAUCCAGAUGCUAAUGCUCCUAUUGGGCACAACAGUGAAUACCACAUGGUGCCAUUCCUGCCCCUCCACAGAAACAGAGAAUACUUCAUUUCCAGCAAGGAUCUUGGAUACGAAUACUCCUACCUGCUAGAUGCCAAUCAGAGAUUAGCAGAAUCUAUGCGUCCUUACCUGGAGGAGUUGCAGGAUGUAUGGCCUUGGCUGCUGCUUGCUGGGCUCUUUGGAGGAAUUGUAGCAGUGGCUAUAGCUGCUGCAGCUGUCACUGCAAAACGACGAUACAGAGGGUCGCCUGGGCUGUAUGUGAGGAGGUGGAAAAACUUAUUUACUCUCUCUGAAAGACAGCCCCUUAUCUGGAGCAAUGACAUUGAGGAAACCAUCCACUAUAACUACCAAACAACUAUGUGAAGACACAGCCAGCCGUGCAGUGUGACACAAACAUCUAUGAAUUUUAAUAUCAAAGCUCUGUAAAUUAUACAUUUUAUUGUCAACUGUAAUGCAUCUAUAAUAUUUGUGAAUACCAAUUUAUUUAAACUGUAAUAAAAGAGUAAGAGUUUUAAAAUAGGUGAUGAUGGGGUGGUUAAUCGGUCCAAUUUCCUGAGUCGAUUCGAUUAGGAUUAUUGAGGUUUGGAUUCGAUUACGAAUCGAUUGAGUUUCCACUUGACAACAGUAACGUACUGCACCAUUUUAAAAAAAACAGUCAGCUGCCGAAUUACUCAACUUCUCUUUUAUUGAGAAACGGGCAGGCAGGGGUUGAAAUUCAGCCCGGGAGCUUGGUUUGGAGAGGCCUUUUAUCCGAUUGCACGAUGGACGUAAGUGGAACUAUGAUUUUAACAUGAAUACUAUAAAAACAA